AUGAUCUCUCAGAGAUUAUUGUGCGAGCCUGACUUGCGACCAUUUCGCUGCAAAUGGGAGUCCUGUACCAAGGCCUUCAAGCGAAGAUCGGAUUUGACGAGACACUAUAAAAUCCACACGGAUGAUCGACCACACCCUUGCACGGCGCCUGGCUGUGAAAAGCGGUUUAUUCAGCGCAGUGCUCUCGUUGUCCACACCCGGACGCAUACCGGCGAGAAGCCGCACGAGUGCCAAUACCUUGGCUGCAUCAAAAGAUUCUCUGAUUCUUCGAGCCUUUCCAGGCAUCGUCAUGUACAUGCCAGAAAACGCCCUCGUAGAUGUGGGCAUAUAGAGUGUCCCAAGGGCCUCUGCCGUAGGAAAUUCUUGGUCAAGCAAGAAAACCAACUUCAACAGCGUAAUUUUUUCCAUGCUCCAAGAGGAGAAAGCAUCUCUGAUUCAGAGUCAAGCCGGUCGCCAUCUACAACUGCUCAGCCAGAUACACCCAAGCCUCUCCAGGACAAUUCGAUUCCACAAGUCUCGAUAUUCCAGGGAAGGGCAACUGCAUACUCGCCGUCUGUGGAUCCGAUGGAUGAGCAAGAAUAUGGCUAUGACAUGGACAAGUUGUUCGACAACAAUGGAUUAUUGACUGCUGAAUAUCAUUGCUUGACUGAGCAAGUGCGCCAACCUACGAUUAACAUGACGGGCUCAUCUCUAAGCUUCGCCAGCACUUCAAAUAGGGGAGCGACAACCCUACAAGGAAAUCCACUAUUCCAUUUUGUCAUGCCGCCAUAUGAUGAAAUAAGCCAUGACUAUCCUCUGUUAAACAAUUUUAACACAUCUUCAAUGGAGCAACUUGAACGAGCAAUGGUAUAUCCUCAACAGGCACAACAGUCGCAACAUCAAAUGUCAAUCGCAGCACAUCAGAUUUCAAAUCAUACAAUAGAAGAUUAUACUUCGCCUGCGCUAAUCAAGUCCGAGCCGUGGUUUGGAUUCGAAACUCUUUUCAUCUGA